AUGCCACCUCGAAAAGCAAAGCUGAACAGGCAAAGGAAACGACGAUACGAAUUGUUCGUCCGCGCUCCUGCCCGUGCCACUCGAAUCCUCAUCGACAAUACCUUAGCCCAACACGCCUCGGCUCUCCUCGCACGCGAACCUGGCUCAACUGCCCUGACGUCUUCGGGCCGUCACGCUGGGCCCAGAUCUACACGCCUAGUCCUCGCACCCUUCUUCAAGAUGCCCCUAGUGAUGGUCGACUCCAAGGCACAGAGAGCCGCCUGA